AUGAAUUCACAUUAAAUUAUUAUAAAAAAUUUUAAAAAUUGAAAAUAUGUUAUCAAAUUCUUUGAGCUUCUAUCCUUUUAAAUGCUAAAAACAAAUUUUUUAAAAAGAAAGUUAAAAAUUCUCCAAAUAAAAAAGUUUUGAAAGAUUAAAAGGGAAACUGUAAGUACUAAAUUUUUAAAGAUUGAAUAUGAAUUUGCAAACGACCCUAGAGUUUGAGGACCUUAAGUUUGCAUACCGAGAAUAAUAUUUACCGCUCUAUGUCCUAACGAUCCUAAAAUAAUGAAAGAGAAACAGCAUUCAGUUCAUCUCUCCCAUCUCCUCCUUCUUCCUCCUCCCUCCUCCCUCCAUUUCUCCCCUUUCCUUUCUUUCUGCAAAAACGAAAACAACCAAAGAAACAGAAAGAAAACGGUUCUCAUCAUGCAUGCAAGAAAAUGGAAGAGACAAACUAAACAAGGGAUAGGAAGGGAGAGAGAAGAGAAGGGAUAGUCCCUCUAACAGGGGAAGAAAGUAAUUCAAUCCCCAUUCUUGAUAUCGAUGCGAUCCUCAAUCCUUAAUUUUCAGAAUUUGGUAACUUUAUUCUUAAUUUCUCUCAUGUUCUCCGCAUUCGUCUCUUCCUCCUCCUCCGAUUAUCUUCUAUGCGGAACCGCUUCUAAUCGUUCGUUCGGCCAACUCGUCGACAACGUUCGGAGAGUCAUGGGGGUUUUAUCGGAAUUAGUCCGAUCCCAAUCCUGGGGAGCUUUCUCAACUCCCAAACCACAGUACCAAGUCUUCGGAUUAGGGCAAUGUUAUGGACAUCUCUCCAGGGAGGAUUGCGAUCUUUGUUUCAAUGAUGCAUCAGCAAAGCUCCAAACUUGCCUUCCCGCCUCCUCCGGUCGUGUCUACCUCGACGGUUGCUUCCACCGGUAUGACACUUACAGUUUCUACCACGAAACCCUUGAUCCGGCUUCUGAUAACGUGACGUGUGGGUCGCCGACGGGUGCCCUGAAUGAUAGCUAUAUGUAUCAGGAUUUUCAGAGUAAGCUGAAUCAAGUGAUUUUCAAUGUCACAAGGAAGGCGCUGAGGAAUAAUGGGUUUGCAGCGACGGAGGUGAAAGGCGGGGUGCUGACCGUCUACGCAUUGGCGCAGUGUUGGAAGACAUCUGACGCCAACCACUGCAAGGAGUGUCUCAACAGCGCCGGAGUGCGGCUAAAAAAGUGUGCCCCCGGUGCUGAAGGCAGGGCCAUGUUUGCCGGCUGUUAUAUGAGAUAUUCCACCAAUAGAUUCUUUAAACAAAGCGUAGAAUCAGAAGGGAAUGUGAAUUGGCUGAUUGCAGUAGUGGUCUUAUCAGCAAUGAUCUUCACUGUUCUUGCUGCUUUUGGUGCUUUUAUAGGGUAUAAGAGAUUGUCACAAAGAAAGAAAGGGCUAGGUGAUCUAGAACGAUUCCCGGGUAGGAGUGGUUUGAAUUACAAUUAUGAAGUGCUUGAAAAGGCAACGGAGUUUUUUAAUGAGUCCAGGAAAUUAGGCCAAGGAGGAUGUGGUUCUGUGUUUAAGGGGAUCCUCCCCAAUGGGAAGACUGUUGCAGUCAAAAGAUUGGUCUUUAAUACACGGCAAUGGGUGGAUCAGUUCUUUAAUGAAGUGAAUUUGAUCAGUGGAAUUCAACACAAGAACCUAGUAAGGCUUCUAGGUUGCAGUAUUGAAGGUCCAGAAAGUCUUCUUGUUUACGAAUAUGUAACUAAUAGAAGUCUUGAUCAAAUCAUUUUCGUUAAGAAUACAAUACAUAUUUUAAGCUGGCAGCAGCGGUUCAACAUUAUAUGUGGAACAGCUGAGGGGCUAGCUUAUCUUCAUGGUGGUUCUGGGGUGAAAAUCAUCCAUAGAGACAUAAAAACCAGCAAUAUUCUACUUGACGAGAAUCUUACUCCAAAGAUUGCUGAUUUUGGACUUGCUCGUUGCAUUGCUCCAGACAAAUCCCAUGUUAGUACCGCAAUUGCAGGAACAUUGGGAUACUUGGCUCCUGAGUAUCUUGUUCGGGGUCAACUAACUGAGAAGGCAGAUGUUUAUGCUUUUGGGGUUCUGGCUCUGGAAGUUGCAACUGGCAGGAAAAACAGUGUUUUCUCACAAGGGUCAAGUUCGAUUUUAUACUCGGUUUGGAAACAUUAUAAGGCCAACACUCUAACACAAGCCAUUGAUGCUGGUUUACAAGGAAGAUUCAAUGAAAAAGAGGCAUCGGUUGUGCUUCAAGUUGGGCUUCUCUGCACUCAGGCUUCAGCACCACUAAGACCGGAAAUGUCUGAAAUAGUUCAAAUGCUAACCAUUGAAGAUUACACAAUCCCUUCUCCACAACAACCUCCAUUCUUGAAUGCUAGUGUGCUAAGUGCAGAUGACAAUACUAGCAGUUCUCUUAUAGAAAGAUCGUCCUUAGAGGAGCAAGGAAUAGACCCGGUGUCCUCUAGUUACAGUCAUGAGUCUGCCACCGUGACAAGUCCUCAAUCAAAAGGUCAUAAAGCAAUCGAAGCAUCAUCGCCAAGAUAGCUCGUAUUCUGUAACUUCGGUGAGGUAGGAUUUCGAGUUGAAGCUAAUUGCAUUUGGAGAAUUUUGUUCGGCAUUACAUGAAGGAGGUUGUUUUCUCAUGUAGGAAGGGUUAGUGACACUUGAUUUUUUCUUUUUCUUUGAGAUACAGAGGGGAGGAUACUUCUAGUUCUUCUUUCUUCUUUAUCUGAGGGGAAUUGUAUUUCCUCCCCUUUGUUGGAUACGUGUAGUUUGUACACACAAGUUAAUGAAACUAUUUAAUUUGU